UUCCCUAAUACCUCAUUCCCUUCUACCAAGAAGCGAGUGAUCACAAUGACAAAAUCUCACUUUGUUUGCAUCAAACUCUCUCUUGGACCUCUUCUUCUUGUUGCUCUUGUAGUUCUUUAUUGUGCAUAUGGAAAUCAAAACUUGAUCCUUUUCUCUUCUUUCAUCCCGAUUUCUUACCCAUCUCCUUCUCCUUCUCUUUCUCCUCUCGCAUCUUUGAUCCCGACCCCGACCCCGAUCCCGACCCUAGAGACGAGAUUCGGAUUGAUAAACAUCACAACAGUGUCUAAUCACCAAAAGGGAGAAAAUGGGAAGAAAAUAGGGAGAAUAGAAGAGGAAUUGGGGGAAGCAAGAGCGAUGAUACGCGAAGCCGUAGAGACAAAGAAGUACGCAUCGGACAAAGGCGGAAGCCUUGUUCCUCGAGGAGCUGUCUACAGAAACCCUUUCGCAUUUCAUCGAAGUCAGAAAGAGAUGGAGAAGAGAUUCAAGGUAUGGGUGUACAAAGAAGGGGAGCCUCCCUUGGUGCACUUGGGGCCACUGAACAACAUUUACGGCAUCGAGGGCCAAUUCAUGGACGAGCUCCACAGUCAUAUGAGCCGAUACCUUGCGGCCCGACCCGAGGAGGCUCACGCCUUCUUCAUUCCCGUCAGCGUAGCCAAUAUCGUUCACUACCUUUACCGACCUCUCGUCACCUACUCGAGAGAGCAGCUUCAACAUGUCAUUCUCGAUUAUAUCGAUACCGUUUCCACCAAGUAUCCUUUCUGGAACCGAACCGACGGCGCCGACCAUUUCUUGGUUUCUUGCCAUGAUUGGGCACCAGACGUCUCUGUAGCGGAUCCAGAACGCACGAAGAACUUGAUACGAGUACUAUGCAACGCUAACACGUCCGAAGGCUUCGAACCUCGACGAGAUGUACCGAUCCCCGAGAUCAACAUUCCACCGGGCCAACUCGGCCCUCCUCGGCUAUCCCUCCCGGUCCGAGACCGCAACAUCUUCGCCUUCUUCGCAGGAGGCUCUCACGGGCAAAUCCGCAAAACCCUCCUCCAACAUUGGAAAGACAAAGACGAUGAGAUCCAAGUCCACGAGUACCUCCCGAAAGGAUUGGAUUACUACAACCUCAUGUCAAGAACAAUGUUCUGUCUCUGUCCCAGCGGCUACGAAGUCGCAAGCCCUCGAGUCGUGGCCGCGAUAAACUUAGGCUGCGUUCCGGUGAUCAUAUCGGAUCAUUACGCGUUACCCUUCAGCGACGUGUUGGAUUGGAGCAAAUUUACGAUUCAGAUUCCGUCGGAGAAGAUUCCGGAGAUGAAGAGGAUACUGAAGAGGGUGUCGAGGAAACGGUACAUGGUGUUGCAGAAGAGGGUUUUGCAAGUUCAGAGGCAUUUCGCGUUGAACAGACCGUCCAAGCCUUACGAUAUGCUUCAUAUGUUGCUUCACUCUGUCUGGUUGAGGAGGUUAAACUUGAGGUUUUCUUCAUGAUUUCUGUGUAUAGGUUUAUCACUUUAUAUAUAUAUAUAUAUAUAAAUUACAGAGUACAGGGUAAAAGUUUCGCUCAGUAAAACUCUAAAAA